AUUUUGUGAUUAAAUCUUUUAGAGUGAAGAAGUCAUUUUAGAGUGAGAAGAUGAUUUUAAGGUGUCUGAUGUUACUGUUGCUGAUGGCAAUAACCAGUCAUGCUGAAAGAAUUGAAAUGGAAUGCGGAUUUAUUGAGAAAACUGAUCGUGGAUUGCAAUGCGAGUUCAACAAUAUUUUCACAUUUAACUCUACUGAAGUGUAUGUGACAGAGAAGAGCACUUUAAUCGAUGCUGUAUCAUUUAGACAGUCAGAUUUGUUCACAGUGCCGGCAGAUAUUUUCCGGAAAUUUCCCCAAUUGAAGCAUCUUGAUGUCGAAUUGACACAAAUUAAAGAAAUCUCAGGUGAAAACUUUCGAAAUGCCAAAGAAUUAAAAUAUUUCUUGGCGAGAUUCAAUGAGAUUGAAGAGCUUCGAAGUGGAACUUUUGAACAUUGUUUGCUUUUAAAGUUCAUCGUUUUGCAGUAUAAUUUAAUUUCUUAUAUACAUCCAAAUGCGUUCUAUGGAUUGAGUCAUCUCGAAGCAAUUUAUCUUGACUACAAUCGAGUAAAAACUUUACCGCCGACAGUGCUACUUCCGUUAACAAAUCUUCUUCACUUUUCAAUCGCAUACAACAAUCUAACGACUAUCUCCAAUGAUUUAUUCAUGAGAAAUGAUAAACUUGAAACUUUGAACUUAGGGCAUAAUCAGAUAAGUCAGUUUGGGGAUAAACAAUUCGAGAAUCUUCCCAAUCUGGAGAGUAUUCAACUUGACCAUAACAACUUGCGGAAUCUCGAUCUGAGAACAUGCAAAUCUACAGAAAUUAAUGUUGAUAAGAAUGAACUUAGCGAACUUGAAUUGAAUAAAUGGACUCGGUUUGUUUCGGCUCGCGGAAAUCCUAUCACAAAAUUCACUCUUCACGAACAUUAUGGAACUGGUCGCAAUUACAAUUUCUCGUUUGAUCAAGUUAACGAAAUUACUUUCUUUGUUAACGAAAACUGUUGCACUAAAGAGAAUUUAGAGAAUUUUCUUAUCUUAACUCAGUCGUUUGGUGAUUUAAGUCAAAAAGGUUUUGAUGCCACUGAAUGGAAUUGUAAAUUUGAAAAGACGAUUGGAUAUGAUACUCCACAUGGAUUUGUGGUGAAUAAUGUGUGCCGUAAAUAUUCAACUGAUUCUCGUGUUCAUUUGCCUCCUUCUGAAUCUCCUUCAACAAUACGAGAAACAUUCCCAACAACAACUGAAUGGAAUUAUAUUCUACCUAAAGAAACAACAAUAACACCACGUCAUCAUAUUCAUAAUCAAGAAGAUUUCAUUGAAAGUGAUGAAUUAGAAUCAACAACAAAGCCACGAGAGUCAAUGGAAGAUUCUUCUCCGUUCUCGCCGAGUAUGUUCAGUGGAUUAAACAUUGAGACAUUGUCAGAACGUCGUACAACGACAUCAGAUCCAUUCGAAUUCACCGCUCGUGUUGAUGAAUUCUUUCCUUCCACGACAGAAUCGUACGAGGAGAAAAAUGAAAAAGGAAUUUUCAAAACAGUCAAAAAGAAAGUUGGUGGGUGGAAAGAUAAAGUUGUUAGCAAGUGGAAUGACUGGGUAGGAUAAAAAGAAUUUUUUACUAACCUGCUGUAUAAAUUCGACUUCUCAUAACUGUUGUAAAAUCUUGUAUCAUUCUCAACUGCCAUUACAAUAGCAUUUCUAAUGAUUUCUAUGUCGUUUAGCUGUUGCGCCGUUGUGCUUUUGAUCGAUAAUAAAUUGAAUCUGCAAAAAUAAUUAACAAUUUUAAUUG